AUGGCAUCCAUACUUCAAACAAGUUAUUUCAUUGUUCUGACAAUCACGCAGGAAAUUGCUCUGGCUAAAGAUGUUUCAAUGUCAUAUAAUGGAUACGAACUUCAAUGGGACUUCUUCAAGGAAGCCAUGGUGAUGAGAGCAGUCCUGUUACUUGAAAAAGAAGAGGGUCUUGCUACUUUGUUCGAUGUUCUCGUACUUCAGUUGAUUGCAAUGCGGAAGAACCUCAAAAAGGAAUAG